AUGAAUGCUGCCUGACAGGUCGGGGAGGAAGCUACUACUACACGUGAGACGACCUGUGGAACAGACAAGGCGUAAAGGUUCCUCAGAGCAGCAGCAGGAGGCGCAGCGGGCAGUCCAGGUGUGCAGCAGCAGGAGUCCCUGUGCCUGCAGGCAGCGCCCACAGCAGGAACUAUGUGUCACUGUCAGCACUAUGUGGACUAGAGGGCAGACACUUGUGUACUGAGGAUUACUUGCCGAGGACAUCUGAAGCAGCAGGAAAGGGGCGGGGAAGGAGAAUUAGCAGGACUUCCACAGAUCAGUGCUAAAGCUCUUUCUCAGACCGACUGGGGAUCUCUAGGACAGGCUUACAAAUGUGGACUCCUGUCUGAAGAACACUUUGCUGCGAGAGACAUAAAGUACUUGUAUUAAACAGCAGGACUGUCCAGUUACUGUGUAGCUCCUGCCUAUCUGGUCCUUAACAAGAUGAUGAGAUUCACAACAGGAUCGACUGUUACCAGCUCAGAAACUGCCCCUGCCCAGAAAGCUGGUAACAUUUGUCGACUGCGACUCACUUUGCCUGCAGAUCGGGCCUUGCGUCCAGAGCAGAAAGACAUCAAGAAGGAAAAACCAAAUAACGUUGAUCACAAAAAUACAUCAGAAAGGAGGAGAAAAAGAAAUGGAUUUAUUUCUGAGAAAGAUACAUCAGAGCCACCUACUCUUCACCUCUAUUCUGUACCCAAAGGCAAUCCACCAUCAGGUGUGGGCUCCCAUGGGUUGGUGUAUGGGGUUGUACAAAGGGCUGAAAACAAUAAUAAGAAUGAGGUUGUUGUCUAUGAAUGGUCAUCACAUCAGCUGAAAGAAGAAAUGAAUUAUAUUAAAGAUGUAAGAGUAACAUUGGAAAAAAUAAGGGAGAGAAUGUUUGGAGAAUAUGACGACAUGAAAGAGAAAAUUAAACAUCUAACACAAGAAAUGAAAGUUUCAACUGCACAGCAGGAAUAUUUGGAGAACCACACCCAGGCACAAGCUUCAGCCCUGGACAGUUUUGGAGCAGUUAAUAGCUCUUUGAACGCUUCAUCAAUAGAAAUACAGAAAUCGCUAGUGGAUAUGACCCUGGAAAACUGCAACAUUAGGGAUGAGGUGAAGAAUCUGCAGAAUUCCUAUAACGAGUCCUUAGAUAAAUUGAAAGAAAAACAGCAUUUGUUGGAAUCUUCACAAGCUGAAAACCAGUUGUUAAAAGUUAAGAUAGAGUCAUCUCAAGAGGCCAACGCUAAUGUCAUGAGAGAGAUGACACGAAAACUUUACAGCCAGUACGAAGAAAAAAUACGAGAAGAGGAACUUAAAUAUACUGCAGAAAAAGAAGUUCUUAUUGGACAAACAAAACAGUACCUGCGAGCUAUUGAAGAUGCAAGUGAGAAGGUUCGAGUAGCAGAAUCUAAGAUAGAAGAACGAGAUGCAAAGAUAGUAGAACUUGACAGUCUGGUCCAUCGAAUGCAACAGGAACGAGAACAUCUUCAGGUACAACUAACUAGUCAUGAAGAACGAAUACAAAGACUUGAUGCAAAGAUGGAGAUAACCUCAUCAGAGAGGGCAAGGACCCAGAAUUUAGAGGAAGCUGCAGGCAGUUUAAGAGAGCGCAUCAAGCACCUAGAUGAUAUGGUACAUUGCCAGCAGAAGAAAGUGAAGCAUAUGAUUGAAGAGAUUGAGCUUUUAAAGAAAAAGGUCCAUUACAAGGACUUGCUUAUUCAGCAGCUGCUGGAGAGGAUAGCCAUUCUGGAAGGAGAGAAUACAGAAUUGCAAGACAAGAUGGAAUACUUGAUGGCAAAUAUGCCAAAAGACAGUGUAGAAACCAAAGAUGUUGCAACAUCAUAUGAACUUCCUCAAUGCCAAGGCACACAGACUGCAGAGAGGGGCCAGCCAUCUGGGGUUGCUUGGAAAAGCCACCAGGAGGAUGCUGUCAUUGACCGGGAGACGACCCAAGGCAUGGCAAGCAGGGAAAAUGUCCAGCACCAACAACCAUGGAUAUUACUGGCAAGUACUCAGAGCAGUAAGAGACUGUAUAACUUCAGUCCUGAGGUAGACAGUGAACCAUCAGUUACACAAUCAAGUCCAGCUGCUUCAGAUACUAAUGAUUUCCGACAGAACAUUACGGAAAUUGAUGCCAAAAGUCCUUCUCAGAGAUCAAACACACCUUACAUGAGAGUCCUACAACUAAGUAUGAAGAACAAGGUGUCCUAACCUGGAGAACACUGGAAAUGAGAAACAUUACUCACUUACCUUCUUUUAAAAAGUACUGUUUUAUAGGACACAACAAAUAAUUCAGGUGUAUGGUUGAUGCGGACUCUUCCAGCAGUUUAAAGGUUAUAAUGUCUACUUUAUCAAAGCCUGUAUUUGGCUGCAUCGUGGUGCCAAAUCUACAUGGAAAGCACUGAAGCGUUGUUCAGAGCUAACGCUCACUAGCGAUUGGUUUGUAAUUUGCCUGUCAAGAGAUAACACAGCCGUGGAACAGUGCUUUGCCACAUCUUGCAAGACAGACCCACCAGCACUGUAUUAAUCUCUUGCGUAAAUAAAAUGCACCACAUCAGCACAUACUGUACGCUA